AAAAACUGAACAAAUUAGGUAAAAAGAGAUAUCAACAAUUUUAGUAUUAAAAUAAAAAAGAUUAUUAGAAAAAGAAAAAUAUUUAGGUGUUAGUAAUUAAAAUAUUUUUUAAAGCUUCAAGAUAUCUGCAUUAUAAAAAAUAAAAUAAAGAGAUAAAAUAGCUUUCAUUAUGAUAUAAACAGUAGUUUUAAUCUAAAGCUAAUACUUUCAUUUCAGGAGUUUUUUAAAUAAACCUAUAAAGAAAUAAUCUUAAUAGAGAAAAUAAAAUAAUUUUUUAUUAAAUUUAGAUGAUACAGUUGAUGGAUUUUUUCAUUUAAAUACUAGCAGUAAAAAAAAAGUAAAUACAAAAGAAUAAUUUCAUUUGUAAUCAGGGUCAAGUCUUAGACUGCUAUUUAACUAGCUUGCUCUACAAAUAUAAACUAAACCAAAAGUUAGUACUAUCCUAAUUAGCUACUUAGUAUGUGCUCUAUACUAUUUGCUGAAUCCCUAUACUUUAUCUAAAUUUAAUCAAAGAAAUAUUAUAGAUGAAAACAAUCAAUCUUAAGUAACAGAUUCAAGCAAUACAAUUAUUGCAAGUUAGGAAGAUGCUAUUCCUUAUAUAAUUUUAUAGUUUAUUGCUUAAGAUUAUUUUAUAUAUACAUCUGUGCGUCUCUUCUUUCAUGAUAGUUUCAUCAGGAAAAUUGAAGUCAAAGACAUGCUUAUUACAUUUUGGCUUCUAUAUGGAUGCUCCACUUUAUUCCUCGUUUUUAUUCUAACCUGUAUCUAAUCUCACUGGAUGAAUAUGCUAAUUUUUACAUUAUGUUAUUCUGUUUUGAUAUUUUAAUAUCAAAAGGAGUAGAACUCUUUUAAAAACCUCUUUUAAAUGAGCAUGAAUUUUGAAUAGCUACUUAGAAGUUCAAGAAGGAGAAGGAAUUAAGAUGGUGAAUAAGUGAUAGAUGAAAAUUAACAAAACUAAGAAUAGUAAGAUUAGCAAUAAAAUGUAAAUAAUUAAAAUGCAUAGGCAGGUCAUGAGUACGAUAGUGAUGAAUAAGAUGAAUAGAAUCACAAUGAAGAUAUUAGGUUAAAUUAAAGAAGAGUUAAUUUUUCUAACCAUAGAGCUAAUCCAAUAGUGACAGAGUUAGUUUAACAAUUUGUUGGAGAGCAUUAUGAAAGAAAUUAAGUCACUUAACUAAUUCAAGUAAGCUCUUGUAAAUGGAUAGUGAUAUAUAAAGUUAAUCAUGUAAAAUACAUAAGCGUAUUUGCUGGUAAAAGUAGAUUAUCUACUUAAAAAAUAGACAAUAAUUAUAUAAUACUGAAAUAUUAUUCAGACUCUAUUGAAAAAUAAGCUAGUCCAUAUAGUAUUAAUGAAGAAACCAAGAAAAAAUACAUCAAUAUUGGUGUCAUAUAUAACACAUUUUCUGGAAAACUUUUACUCUUUACAGUAACCCCAAAAGGUAUUAAGUAUUUAUAAACUCUCGAUGUUGGCAUCGUAAAUAAGGAACACAUAGUGCUGCAUCAGCAACAACCCAAAUUUGUCACCAUUCGCUUAAAAGAUUUAAUUUUUAAGGAUUUUAUAAAAAAUGGAAUGUCAUCUUAAACCCUUGUUGAUUAUCAGAAUAGAGUUCUUUAAGCAUACUACUCAAUAGAUGACACAGAUUAUGUUGUAAGUAUAGAAGAAGAAACACUCAUCAUAAGCACCAUUUUAUCUACUGUAGAGUGGAAACCAAUAGGUCACGAUUGGGAAAUGGAGUUGAUGAUGGGUAAUCAUGAACCAUCUAAUAAUUUGUCUCCUGCAUAAAGCACUCUUUUGAAAAAUCACUAAUAUUAUGAUAAAAGACAAUACUUUAUACAACAAAAAAUCAAAACUAAAGACUUUCCAACAUCAAUUAAAAGUGUAAAUAUCCUAAAUAGAAGGCAUUUAUUUAUUUAAGACGAAACUCACUUUUAUGUAUACAGUAUACCAACUUCUUAAGUAUUAAAAACUAUUCAAAAUAAUUAUAUUUAAGGGUUCUCUAUUAUACCAAUAAACUCCACAAUAAAUAGCCCAAAUCUUACAAUAGAGCAAUUUUUAAAAAUAUAAAACUUUGUAUAGAAAAGAAUUGCUGAAGCCUUAGCUACGGAAGCUAAUACCUACAAAAGCUCCGCCAUUACAACCGAAAAUCCUACUCUUAUUUAUCUCUCUUAAUAUACUUCAAUUCCAAUUACUUUUACUAAAAAUUAAGACAAUACUAUAUAAAAAAUAAUUUUUAUUCUUCCCAAGUGUAUUUAAUCUACAGCCGAAUCAGCGAUGUUAACUGAUAAUCUAUUUCAAAUAAAAUCUAAUACUUUAUAAAAUAUACUAGAUUCAAGCAGCUAAUGAAAAUAAAUUUUAUAAUUAUUACAAGUAUUUAAUUCUAACUAACUGUAAAAAUUUUGUAUUUUUUAUUUUCAAAGAAAAUAUAUUAUAAAUUCUAUUCUUUCAUUAUAU